AUGGAAAAGUGGCUGGUAAAGCGCGGAGACGUGGUUUUCGGAAUUUUGAGUCGUCGUAUCGUAUUGCCCGUGCGGAAUUACAUUCCCGCCAUCUACCACCAGAAGAUCAUCGGACCCCGCGGAGCCACCGUCAACCAGAUCCGCCAGAAGCACGACGUCCAGAUUUCGCUGCCACGCGGCGAGGACCGUUCGGACAAGAUCACCAUCCAGGGAUAUGAAGCCAACGCGCGUGCCUGCGCCGAAGAAAUCGAGGAGAUGCUCGCCGCCCUCAAGUCGAUGGUCACUCAAGAAAUCUCGCUCGAUGCCCGCUUCCACCCGCGUCUCAUCGGCCAACGCGGCAAGAACCUGAAGCGCGUCAUGGACGAAUUCGGCGUCGAAAUCACGCUGUCCCGCGAUGACGCCGACCCGAACAAGGUCGUGGUGGCCGGAAAGAACGAGGACUCCGUCUGGGACUGCAUCGACUACCUGCGCCAAGAGGAGGAAGACUAUCUCGCCGAGCACCAGGACCGCAGCCAGUACAUGUCGCAGCGUGCCCCGGUGGCCGAGCAGAAACCCAAGCAGCAAUCCGUCCAAGUCAAGAACGCCCCAUGGCAGCUGUCGGACGGCGACUUCCCGGAGAUGGGCGGCGCCCCCGCCAUGUCCGGCACGACCGGCGUCUGGGGAUCCGGUCGUCGCUUU